UUCAAUUCCGCAAUUAAAAAAGAUAUUAGAAAGAAAUAAAGAAUAUUUCAAUCGAGCAAAUCAUUCAAUAUAUUUUUUUUUUCCACAACUUCUCAUUUUUGUUUUAUUUAGAGAGAGAGAGGGAAUUUGUCGGAGAUGGCGGUGAAGAUGAGGAAGUGGUCGCCGUGGCCGCCGGCGAGGAAGUUUGCCGUGGCGGUGAGGCUAAUGAGGCUCGAGGUAUUGGCGGAAGACGACGGCGGCGGCGGCGGAGAUGAUGAAGACGGCGGCUCCGGCGAGGCGCAGAAAUUUGUGGCGAUCAAAAUCAAAUGGAAAGGCGAGCCGAAGCUUUUCCCGUUGAUGCCGCCGUUUCAGCCGAGGAAGAAAAUCGAGCAAUCGAGCCACAAAAUUAUGACGAAGAAUUGCGGAAUCGUCGAAUGGGACGAGGAUUUGUGGUUCGAAAACACGUGUUGUUUCUCGGUCGUAUCGGAUAAGAAAUUCGGACCGUGGGAGAUCGCCUUCAAUGUUAUAUGCGGGGAGAAGGUGGAUUCGAAGGCGAAAAUGUCGACGAUAGGAGGAGUUUCGAUUAAUAUAUCGGAAGUUAUUUGGAAAAUGGAGAGUUCUUCCAUAGAAGAAAAGCUUCAUCUCAAUUUGCAGAUUGAUGGAAUUGCUAGAGACGCUAAUCUCACGGUGAUGUUCAACUUUGUUGAGAUAAGAGAAUCCCAAGAUUCGUCGGCAAUAAGCCGAACGAAAUCUAUCGAUGUGAAAUACUUGCAUGCCCAUGAGCGCAAAGACAACGUGAGGGCGAGGAGGAGAUCGUUGAGCCUCGAAGAGGUGUGUUUGGAUGAGCCGGACACGGCACAUGCCAAGUCGAGGGGCCCGGUCGUCGGGCUCGAGCCGGACAAGAAAGACCGAUGGUUUACUUGGAAGAGCAGGCGAUUUAGUUUCAAACGAGCCAAGACUAAAGAGGAUAAACUCGAGGUAAAAGUCGAUAACCGCAACGAUGAGGCUCGGAUUCAAUCACCUAACGUUUCUUCGAUAGACUCCUUCAACGACUGCUCAUUGCAGAGAGAUGAUUCGAGUUCAGAAACAGCGUACCAAGACAAGGCAGCUUGUCUGUGGGAAGACAAGGAGGUGAUGAGCAGAGAUGGCCGAGCGAAGCUCAAGGCUCCGUUUUUCUUCGCGUCGUUCGACCAACGGAGCGACAAGGCGGCCGGGGCGAGCGCCUGCACGGCGCUGGUGGCCGUGAUCUCCCACUGGCUCCACUCGAACGCGGGCGCCAUGCCGGGGCGGUCGGAGCUCGACGACCUCAUAAUGCAGGGCUCCUCGGAGUGGCGGAAGCUGUGCGACGACGCCGCCUACGUCAACGACUUCCCCAACAAGCACUUCGACCUCGAGACGGUCCUGAGGGCCGACAUCCGGCCCCGGCCCGUCUCGAUCUCCCACGACGAGUCGUUCGUCGGGUUCUUCGGGGCCGAGGCGUUCGACUCGCUCAAGGGGGCCAUGUCGUUCGACGACAUAUGGGACGAGAUCAGCCGCGGCGGCGGCGGCGGCGGCGGUGGGGACAGGCCGAGGGUGUACAUAGUGAGCUGGAACGACCAUUUCUUCGUGAUGAAAGCCGAGGCAGACGCGUACUACAUCAUCGACACGCUGGGGGAGAGGCUCCACGAGGGGUGCAACCAAGCGUACAUGAUAAGGUUCGACGACAAGGCCGUGAUGACGCAGAAACACGAAGCCGAAGGGGACGACGAGGUGAUAUGCAGUGGGAAAGAAUGUUGCAGAGAAUUUAUAAAAAGAUUUCUCGCAGCCAUACCGUUGAAGGAGCUCGAAGAGGAAGAGAAGAAGAGCGCCGUCUCUUACUUCUGCCUCCAUCAACGGCUGCAGAUAGAGUUCAACUACAGCUGCUUGGCCUCAUCCUCCUCCUCCUCCUCAACAUCAUCUCCCCUUUCUUCCCUAACCACAUCGGCAUCUUCUCCUUCGUCCGAUUGAACUGUAAAUCAAUGUUUCACCAAUAAAAUGUCAAAAAUACUACACAAUCAAGAAAGUAAUAAAGGGUUCCUGUCUUAAAAGUUUGAA